CUCUGUCGCCGCUGCUAGCUGGGAAGCAGAGCCCUGGUCUUUCUGACUCUGAGGUCACUGUCUGGGGCAGAAAUGGCUACGAGAAGCCCAAGAACACAAAAAGCCUUUGCCUUCUGGACCCUCGUGGGCAGGAGACAGACUCACGCUGCAGCAGGGAGCCGCCUGAAAGCGGAGUACGACGCAGUGGUGAUAGGAGCAGGACACAACGGGCUGGUGGCCGCGGCAUAUCUGCAGAGAUGGGGGGUGAAAACAGCUGUCUUUGAGAAACGCCACCUGAUUGGAGGGGCCGCUGUCACCGAGGAGAUCAUCCCAGGAUUCAAGUUUUCUCGUGCUUCCUACCUCCUCAGCCUGCUGAGGCCUCAGAUUUACAGAGACCUAGAACUGAAGAAACACGGGCUGCGGGUGCACCUUCGGAACCCCUACUCCUUCACUCCAAUGCUGGAAGAGAGAGUCACGGGGAAAGGCCCCAGGUCCCUUUUACUGGGCACGGACAUGGCCGAGAACCAGAAGCAGAUUGGCCGAUUCUCCCAGAGGGAUGCCCAGGCCUUCCCAGAAUAUGAGAAGUUCAUGCAUCGCUUGGCAUCCGCCAUUGAGCCACUGUUGGACGCCUCUCCGGUGGACCCGGCCGCCUUCAGUCGGGGCUCCCUCCUCCAGAGACUGCGGUCCCUCCGCCAUCUCAAACCCUUGCUGCAGGCAGGCUUCAUCCUAGGAUCCCAGCUUCCACAGUAUUACCAAGUCCUUACUGCCCCAAUUACCAAGGUGUUGGAUCACUGGUUUGAGUCCGAGCCCCUGAAAGCAACUCUGGCGACCGAUGCUGUGAUUGGAGCCAUGACAAGCCCCCACACUCCCGGUAGUGGGUAUGUGCUGCUGCACCAUGUGAUGGGAAGCCUGGAGGGGCAGAAGGGGGCCUGGGGAUAUGUAGAAGGAGGCAUGGGGGCCGUUUCUCAGGCCAUUGCCAACUCAGCUGCAGCCCGCGGAGCUGACAUCUUCACAGAAAAGCCGGUCGUCCAGGUGCAGGUGAGCGGGGCUGGGCGCGUGCGGGGAGUCCUGCUGCAAGAUGGCACUGAAGUGAGGAGCAAACUGGUCCUGUCCAACGCUUCGCCCCAGAUCACCUUCCUGAAGCUCACGGCACCGGAGCAGCUCCCAGAUGAGUUCAUCAAGAGGAUUUCUCAGUUUGAUUCCCAGUCACCUGUAACCAAGAUCAAUGUGGCCGUGAAUCGGCUGCCCGACUUCCUGGCUGCCCCCAAUUCCCCUGAUGGUCUGCCCCUGCCCCAUCACCAGUGCUCCAUCCACUUGAACUGCGAAGACACCCAGCUUCUCCACCAGGCCUUUGAGGAAGCCACCAAAGGGAUUCCUUCCUUCAGGCCUAUGAUCGAGCUCUGCAUCCCCUCAUCGCUGGACCCCACCUUGGCUCCUCGUGGCUGCCAUGUCAUUUCUCUCUUCACUCAGUACACCCCGUACACUCUGACGGAAGGGAAGACCUGGGACGAGCAAGAGAAGGACGCUUAUGCCGACAGAGUGUUUGACUGCAUCGAGGCCUACGCCCCGGGCUUCAAGGCGUCGGUGAUCGGCAGAGACAUCCUGACUCCACCUGAUUUGGAGAGGCUCUUCGGCCUACCUGGAGGGAAUAUUUUCCACGGAGCGAUGACGCUGGAUCAGCUCUACUUUGCCCGCCCGGCACCGUCGUACUCCGACUACCGCUCUCCGAUCCGGGGCUUGUAUCUCUGUGGCAGCGGGGCUCACCCUGGAGGCGGUGUGAUGGGAGCGGCCGGACACAACGCGGCUCAUGUGGCCUUGGAGGAUUUCAAGCGCGUGUGAUCCCAGAAUGCAGCAGCUGGAGCGAGCCGGCCCCGAGGUCAUUCCCACCUCCAAGUCAUCCUCCCAAAAGCCUCUCCUUCCCACUGCCAUUCCCAGGAAACCCACCGCCUCACCCUUCCGUCGCUCUUACAAGACACUUCGGCUCCUGAGAAAACGUCCAUCGGGUAUUGUCCCUCCCCAGACGGAUUUUACCCUUUAUUUACGGUGUUGUCCGUGUCCCUGUUGUAAGUCAACAUCAUCGUCGUCUUCAUCCAGAUGAUUUUCUGAGGGCCUACGGUCAGCAGAACACCAGACUGGGCACUUAAGGUCGGAGAGAAAUGAAAGGGAAGCCGUUCUGUCCUCAAGAAGCCACAGCUAGGGUGAAACGCAGGCAUUUAACGGUUCACCGUUACAGAUUCACACGUGGACGGAGUUUGAAUCCCGGAUCCGCCAUUUGUCUGCUAUGUGACCUCGGGCAAGCCGCUUCCCUUCUCUGUGCCUCAGUGACCUCAUCUGUAA